AUGGCAUCCCAUGCAGAUGAGAUUAAGGAAGCCCCUCCCUACACAGACGACCCCAACAUCACCGACACACAAGAAGCUGAAAUCGAAGACAAAUUCGAAGUCUUCAAACGCGGUGAUGGCCAAGUCGAUUUUAGGACUGUUAGUUGGAUCCGGGCUUCGGUCAUCUUCCUCAAGAUUAUCUUCGCAACCGGUGUCCUCUCUAUCCCCUCAUUGAUGUACCAGCUAGGAGCGUUUCCUGGCGCCGUCAGUGUAGUCGGCUGGACUCUACUCAAUACUUACUGCGCUAUUGUGCAGGGCAACUUCCGCAAUGCCUAUCCAGGCUGCCACUCCAUCGCCGAUAUGGCCCACUUGGUCGGUGGCCCGAUCGUGAAGGAGCUUGUUGGCUUCCUGUUUACAGUCAGCUAUGUGAUUGUUGCAGCGUCGGGUAUCAUCGGCGUGUCGACUGCCCUCAAUGCCCUGUCGCUGCAUUCUAUCUGUACCGUCUGGUUUUCGUUCAUUGGAACCAUCAUCAUUGCGAUGUGUGCUAGUGUACGCAAGUUCUCCCAUAUCGGCUGGCUCACCUGGGUCGGAUUUGGCAGUGUCUAUAUUGCUGUCUUCAUCAUUGUCAUCGGCGUCACGGUACGAGACCGACCGGCAGCAGCCCCCCAGACAGGCGACUAUGACUUCGGCUACCAUGUCAUCGGAACCCCCGAUUUCACCACGGGCAUCACAGCCUCCGCAACGAUCUUCGUCUCCAGCGCCGCGACAUCCGCCUUCCUCCCCGUCAUCUCAGAGAUGCGCCGACCCAAAGACUACCCCAAAGCAGUCUAUCUCAGCAUGAGCCUGGUCACAGCCUCGUACCUCACCUUCAGCCUUGUAAUCUACGCCUGGUGCGGCAAGUGGAUCGCGUCUCCAUCGCUCGGCAGCGCCGGCGAAACCGUCAAGCGGGUCGCCUAUGGGAUCGCCCUCCCAGGCCUCAUCAUCAGCGGCUGCCUCUACGUGCACGUUGCCGCCAAGUACAUCUUUGUGCGAAUCCUCCGCAACUCACGGCAUUUACAGGCAAACACUGCCGUGCAUUGGGGUACUUGGCUCUCGUGUACGAUUGGCGUCGCGGCCAUUUCAUUUGUCUUGGCAUGCGCCAUUCCUAUCUUCAACUAUGUCUUGGCAUUGUCAUCGGGGUUAUUGGAGGGGGGCGUGCUGAGGAUGAUGAUGUAUGCUUUCCAUGUUUUCCUUGUGCUGUUAGGGUUGUUUAUGGCUGUUGGUGGCACUUAUGGUGUUGUCGUGCAGAUCAAGGAUGCCUAUGCAGACGGGGAGAUCGCGUCUGCAUUUUCUUGUGCGGAUAAUAGUUGA